UUAAUUAAAUUUUUACAAGACACGACAGAAAGCAUCGGCUUCCUUUAUGUUUAUAUAUAUAUAUAUAUACCAGAAUUCAGAAAUCCAAUCAACCUCAAACUCACUCUUCCAGCACUAUACCCAACUCCAUAACUCUUUCUUUCCUCCUCCUCUUCUUCUUUUUGCAAAAAGAAAGAAAAAUAAGAAAUGGUCUCCCUAGAAACUAUUCAAGCUGCCUCUAGAUCCAUUGACCAAACUUCAAGCCCUAGAAUUUCUUUCUCUGCAGAAUUUCUUGACGAAGACAACUUCAUUUCCAUUAGUCCAAACCCACAAGCAGAAAAAUAUGAAGAGAUGGAACGAGAAAAAGCAAGAACUGCAGAGUUUGAGUUUCUUUCAAAUAAUAACACGAGUAGUCAUACCAUGUUAACUGCAGAUGAGCUUUUUUUCGAAGGGAAAUUACUUCCCUUUUGGCAAACGCAACAAUCUGAGAAACUCCAUAAAAUAAGUCUUAAGUGUAAAGAAAAUGAAGAAGACGAAGAUCAAGAAGAAGUCAACAAAGAAGAUCAACCUAGAGUAAGUUGGUUUGUUGAUGAUGAUCCGUCUCCAAGACCUCCAAAGUGUACCGUUUUAUGGAAAGAAUUGUUAAGGUUAAAAAAGCAACGUGCUUCUUCUUUAUCACCAUCAUCAUCUUCCUCUUCCACGUCGUCUUCUUCUAGCUCUUUAGCUGACAUUGUUGUGACAGAAGAAAGAAAGGAAGGUUCUGGAAACAGAGAGAAGCAAGGGAAAAGAAUGAAGAAAGGACUGGAGAGAACAAGAUCGGCUACUAUUCGGAUAAGGCCAAUGAUAAAUGUACCUAUUUGCACACAGGUGAAGAGCACUGCUUUGCCACCUUUGUUUCCACUCAAGAAAGGGAGAUUAGAAAGGUGAAGAUUAGAAUAAUUAUUAUUGUAAUCUGAGUAGUUUAACGCUUAUCUUUCUUUCUCUAGGAUGGCUAAAUAUAUGUUAAUUGAUUUCUUUUAUUUCAUUUUGGAAAUUUUCUACUUUUGAUUUUUUUUUUUCCUUUACCAUUUGUGUCUAGAUUAAUGUUAAUUGUGAUGGAUCCGAUAAAUUAUAAUGUAAAUCAUGACAUUAUAUAUAUUGUUGACAAAA